AUGACUCGACCGCGCAAGAAGCUCAACCUACAGUGUGGCUUCUGCCCUAAGAGAUAUACCAAGCGCGAGCACCUUCAGGUACCUAUCCCUAUUAUUUUAGAGAAAUAUGCUAACGACAGCAGAGACACGAGCGAAUUCGUAUAUACUGGUUCGAAACCAUUCUCCUGCUCGGUCUGUGCACGAUGUUUCUCUCGUCAGGAUGUCUUGAACCGCCAUCUUCGGAUUCAUUCAGAUUCUGAUUUUACGGACAACGCUGCUCGGAUUACGCCGCAGAGUCUGUCUACAGCUGCUGACUGGCCUAUGGAGCAUGCAUCAACACAGCUCCCGGACUGCAUGCCGCUAUAUCAGACGCCUAUGGAAGAGCCACGGCCGAUGUCAGAAGAUUUAGCCUCUGGACUGCUGUGGCCUGAUUCAGAGGAACUGCUGCAUAAUAUCAUGUCUAUCGAUCCGACGCUCUGGCAGCAGCCUCUUGCAUUAGCCCCGUCGACAGCUGGCCUGCUCGAUACGGGGGAAAUAGGAGUCUACGAAAACUCCCCAAACAGCACGAUUGCUGACGAUGGCCGGCAGGCAAUCCAGUCUCUCAACAGUUUACUUACUGAUACACUUUCGACCGUCACAGCGCCAGCAAGUCUCACCGGUCUGACGUCGCGGUUCCUCGACGGCAGCCUGCAUAUGUUCUUUGAAAACAUCAUCCCCAUGUUUCCCAUCUUCCACCGUCCGACAUUCGUGUUCAGAGACUGUGCUCCGCCACUUCUACUUAAUGCGAUCGCCCUAGGCGCGUUGUUCCUUGGUAGUCAAGAUGCAAUUGAAAAGGCCGACGUGCUAUGGCGCCUCGCACACACUGCCGUAGCAACAUCAUGGCAUACAAUGAUAACCCGCCGGCGGCCAUCCGACUGCUGUACAGGCGUGGAACUCGUCCAGACCGUCCUGCUGAGCCAGAUCUACGCCGCCCUAUCCAAGAAUCGCACAUUCCGCACAACAAGCCAAGUCUUCCACGGCAUCGGCAUCCACUGGGCAAGCCACUGCGGGAUGUACGACGCCGCUGAUACAACUUCAGUCCCGCUGCCCACCAACUCAGAUAGUGUUGCGGGUAAACAACACGCCUGGCGGCGCUGGAUCGCGCACGAGACUAUGCUCCGCACCCUGCUCGGUCUGUAUAUCGUCGACGGCGUCGUCUCGCAGUUUAGCGGGAACCCGACUUUCGCGCGCCAUACGGCGAAUCCGCUCCUACUGCCUAGCAGCGAUGCAGCAUUUGCUGCUACAGGUCCGGAUGAGUGGCUGGUUCAUAUACGGCCGUCAAGCAGGGUACGGUUCUGCGAUGUCUACCACUCCCUCUUUUCAAGUAACGGCGAGAAAGCGCGGUACGAUAUAUCGCUUUUCCACCAUAAAGUCAUCCUCGAAGGAAUCCGGUGUCUUGUCUCAGAAGCGAACCGCACAAACCCCGCGCCGGUGGGUAUGCCAUCGCGACACGACCUCUUGGUUGUAUUAAGACGACUCCGCCAGAAUAUCCUCACCAGUCAAACCCUCACACCCACAGACCGGCUCACGGCCCUCCUCCAAUGGCACUCCAUCUGCCUAGACACAGCAGCAAGUACCGCGCGCGGAACGCGGCGCAUGUGCCACCUGUUCGGGAUAAAACAGGGGAUAUUCGGCGGGAGCCAGCGGGAGGAGAGUCUGAUUAACCCAGCGCGGUGGGCGCAUAGUUUCGCCGGCCGGGCGACGCUGCUUCAUGCGGUGAGUAUGCAGGCUAUUGCAGCGCAACUGCCGCUGGGCCUUGCGUUUGAUGUGAACAUUCCUGGUGCGGUAUUUGCGGCGGCCGCGACGUUUACGAGUUUUAUUCUUGCGGGGGUGAGUAAGGUUGUUGUUCCGGCGGAGGUAGAUUGGGAUGUGGCCUUGAUGGGGCUGCAGGAUUCGGGCGCUGGUAAGGUGGUUGGGGAUGGGGAGCAGACGAUGCAGUUUAUUGAGGGGGCUUUUGGUGUUGAGGGUCUGUCGAGGGAGAAGUAUGUUGUUCGUGACUUGGCGUAUGAUUUAACGGCUAUACGGACGCUGCUUAGGGGGCUGUCGCUGCAGUGGGGGGUUGCGGUGGAGAUGGAGGAGGUUGUUAGUGCUUAUAUCGAGCGCUUAAUCAAAGACAACAACCCAGCCGAUAUCUACGCGCAAUUCGCAGCCCUACGCUCAAAAUGCCCCGUCGCACACACAACCGACAACGGCGGUUUCUACCUGCUAACACGCUACGAGGACGUCAAAACCGCAGCAUCAGAUACAGAGACAUUCAUCUCCUCGGUAAAGGCCGUCAUCCCCAGUGAUCCGCGUGGUAUUCGACGUCCACCACUCAACACCGACCCGCCAGCACAUACACCCUACCGAACAGCACUAGAUCGCACGCUGCGCCCGAAAAGGCUGAAACGGUUGGAACCGGUAUUAACACAACAUGCAGAGCGCGAGUUCGCCAAACUGCUCUCAAAUAGAGGGGGCGAUAUCUGCGGCGAAUUCAGCGCCAUGUUCGCCGCGUGGGUUGAGACGGCGUGGCUGAAUCUGGAGGAUGAGACGGCGCCGAUGCUUGCUUCCACGGCUGCGGCUUGGGUGAAUGCAUGGCGACGACAGGAUCCGAAGGAGACCUCUGCGCAGUCGGAGAAGUUGUAUGCGAUUGCGCGGAAAUUGUUUGCGGAUAGACGGGUUAGUCCGAGGGAUCCGGAGCAGGAUCCGGCUAGUUCGUUGUUGUUGGAGAGGGAUUCUAACGGAAUGCCUCUGGAUGAUGAGCUUUUGAUUGGUGCCCUAAGACAAUCUCUCGUCGUCGGGAUGGUUGCGCCGCCGCUUCUCUUUGGGGUUAUGUGUAACCAUCUUUCACAGGAUAAGUCUCUCCAGGCUAGGCUACGCGCAGACCCAUCCCUGAUCCCCGCUGCAGUUGAAGAGUUCGUCCGGCUCUACGUACCAUACCGCGGCUUCUGUCGGACGCCAUCCCGGGAUAUACAGCUGCACGGUCGAACAAUCCCCGCGAAAACACCGAUUACGAUGACAUACGCCGCGGCGAAUCGUGAUCCUGAGGUGUUUCCUGACCCUGAUGAGUUUAUUCUCAAUCGUCCGAAUAUUACCUCCCAUUUGGGAUUUGGACGUGGGAGGCAUAGAUGUGCGGGCAUGCCGUUGGCGCGGAUGGCAUUGCUAAUUGGCCUUUCUGUCAUUUUGCGCAAUUCGGCGGAGUUCGAAGUAGAUGGGCCGCUUGAGUAUGCUGGCAUGCCGGAGAUGGGCAUUACAAGCUGUCCGCUGCGAAUCACACCAAAGACCCCGGUGUAGGCAAAUUGGUGUCACUUUGUGAUAUAUCCUCGAUCUUUCCUAUAGAAUUCGCCUAAGUAAUUCCGAUCUGCCUAACUGAUCUGCC